GCACCUAUAAACUUAUACCCAGAUAAUUUCAGAAUGUCCAGCAAGGAAGUGAAGACUGCUCUAAAAAGUGCUCGCGAUGCAAUCAGAAACAAAGAAUACAAAGAAGCUUUGAAACAUUGUAAGACAGUGUUAAAACAAGAGAAAAAUAACUACAAUGCCUGGGUUUUUAUUGGUGUUGCUGCAGCCGAGUUAGAACAACCUGAUCAGGCCCAGGGUGCCUAUAAGAAAGCUGCUGAACUAGAGCCAGACCAAUUACUAGCUUGGCAGGGGUUAGCGAGCUUGUAUGAGAAAUGUAAUCACAUAAAUGCUAAGGAUGACUUACCUGGUGUUUACCAAAAGCUCCUGGAUCUUUAUGAAAGUGUCGACAAACAGAAGUGGUGUGAUGUCUGUAAGAAACUUGUGGAUCUGUAUUACCAAGAAAAGAAGCACGUGGAGGUGGCCCGAACAUGGCACAAAUUGAUAAAGACACGGCAAGAAGAAGGUGCAGACAACCAAGAGCUUCAUCAGCUGUGGAAGAAAUUGACUCAGUUGCUGGCUGAGAGUACCGGGGAUCAGAAUAAUGAGACCCAGCAAUUGCUUUUAACUGCUUUUGAGAAUGCACUGAGCUUGUCAGAUAAGAUUCCUAGUGAAGAUCACCAAGUACUUUAUAGACAUUUCAUUCAGUGUUUAUCCAAAUUUCCUCAUGAGACUGCUAGGUUGAAGAAGGCCUGUGAAGGAAUGAUAAACACCUAUCCCACUGUACAAUAUCCAUUAGAAGUGCUUUGUUUGCAUUUAAUUGAAUCAGGAAGUCUUACUGAUGAGGGACAUCAGUAUUGUUGCAGACUAGUGGAAAUGGAUUCAAAAAGUGGUCCAGGCCUCAUUGGUUUAGGCAUUAAAGCAUUACAAGACAAAAAGUAUGAAGAUGCUGUUAGGAGCUUAACAGAAGGGUUAAAGGAAAGCCCUCUCUGCACAACCGGAUGGUAUCAUCUGGCAGAAGCCCAAGUCAAAAUGCAUAAACCCAAGGAUGCUGUUCUUUCAUGCAAUCAAGCUCUGAAGACCAUAGAUAAUCUUGGUGUGUCUGGUGGCAGUCUUCAUCGGAAGAAUCUUUGUCUUCGUUUGAAAGCAGAGGCUUUGGUUAAACUCGCAGAUUGUGAAUCUUCAGAGGAAGCAAUUCGUACUCUCAAUCAGGUUUCUGAUGCAAAUAAUAUCCCAGGACUUUUGGUUCUCAAAAGCUUGGCCUAUCUGAACAAAGGCUCAUUAGAUGAAGCUUCAAAGAUUUUGGAAGACCUUCUUUCUUCUUACCCCGACCUAGCUGAAGCUCAUGCCGUGGAGGCUUUGAUUCAUUUUACCAAAAAGGACUAUCUACAAGCAGAAAAAUGUUUUCAGAGAGCUCUUGAGAAAGAUGCUGAAGUUGCUGAGUAUCAUUACCAACUUGGAUUAACAUAUUGGUUCAUGGGUGAAGAAACAAGAAAAGAUAAAACAAAGGCUCUUACCCACUUUCUAAAGGCUGCCAGACUGGAUACAUACAUGGCCAAAGUUUUCUGCUAUUUAGGUCAUUAUUACAGAGAUGUAGUCGGAGAUAAAAGCAGAGCCCGUGGAUGUUACAGGAAAGCUUUUGACCUAGAUGACACUGAUGCUGAAUCUGGAGCUGCAGCAGUUGACCUAAGCGUGGAGCUUGAGGAGAUGGAAACUGCCUUAGCUAUCCUAACAACAGUCACUCAAAAGGCAAGUGCUGGAACCGCAAAAUGGGCCUGGCUUAGGCGAGGACUAUACUAUUUGAAAGCUGGUCAACAUUCUCAAGCAGUGGCAGAUUUACAGGCAGCCUUAAGGGCAGACCCAAAGGACUUCAACUGUUGGGAGUCAUUAGGAGAGGCUUACUUAAGCAGAGGUGGCUAUACUACAGCCUUGAAAUCCUUCACAAAAGCCAGUGAGCUCAACCCAGAAUCCACAUACAGUGUGUUUAAGGUUGCAGCAAUACAGCAAAUCCUAGGCAAAUAUAAGGAGGCUGUAGCUCAAUACCAGCUGAUCAUUCAAAAGAAAGAAGAUUAUGUGCCUGCUUUGAAAGGUUUGGGCGAAUGCCAUUUCAUGAUGGCAAAGGCAGCUCUAGUCGAUUAUCUCGAUGGGAAAGCUGUAGACUACAUAGAGAAAGCACUGGAGUAUUUUACUUGGGCUCUACAGCAUCGAGCUGAUGUGUCUUGCCUUUGGAAGCUAGUUGGGGAUGCUUGUACCAGUCUGUAUGCUGUCUCCCCAUCUAAAGUGAAUGUUAAUGUUUUAGGAGUCCUUCUAGGUCAGAAAGAAGGAAAACAAGUAUUAAAGAAAAAUGAGCUCCUCCAUCUUGGAGGAAGGUGUUAUGGUCGUGCAUUAAAACUGAUGUCUACGUCUAAUACAUGGUGUGAUCUUGGAAUUAAUUAUUAUCGCCAAGCACAACAUCUAGCAGAAACAGGCAGCAACACAAGUGAUCUUAAAGAAUUGUUGGAGAAAUCUUUACAUUGUCUGAAAAAGGCAGUGAGACUGGACAGUAAUAAUCACUUAUAUUGGAAUGCUCUUGGUGUGGUUUCAUGUUAUAGUGGUAUUGGAAAUUAUGCCCUUGCUCAGCACUGUUUCAUCAAAUCAAUCCAAUCAGAACAAAUUAAUGCUGUUGCAUGGACCAACUUGGGAGUGUUAUACCUUGCAAAUGAAAACAUUGAGCAAGCUCAUGAAGCUUUCAAAAUGGCUCAAUCCCUUGAUCCAUCUUAUUUAAUGUGCUGGAUUGGACAAGCUCUUAUUGCAGAAACAAUUGGAAGUUAUGACACUAUGGAUCUCUUCAGGCACACUACAGAACUCAAUAUGCACACUGAGGGAGCAAUAGGUUAUGCAUAUUGGGUCUGUACAACAUUGCAAGAUAAAAGCAACAGAGAAACAGAGCUGUACCGGUACAACAUCCUCCAGAUGAAUGCUAUUCCAGCAGCACAAGUUGUUUUGAGUAAAUACAUAGAAAGAAUUCAGAAUUAUGCCCCAGCUUUCACGAUGUUGGGUUACUUAAAUGAACAUCUACAACUGAAAAAGGAAGCAGCAGACGCAUACCAAAGGGCAAUUUUGUUGUUACGGACUGCAGAAGACCAAGAUACUUAUAAUGUUACAAUAGGAAAUUAUGGCAGAUUGUUAUGUUCCAUUGGUGAAUAUGAUAAAGCUAUCCAGGCUUUUAAGUCAACACCCCUUGAAGAGUUAGAAGACAUCAUAGGUUUUGCAUUGGCUUUAUUUAUGAAGGGUCUAUAUAAGGAGAGCAGCAAAGCCUAUGAGAGAGCCUUGUCUAUUGUUGAAUCAGAGCAAGACAAAGCCCAUAUCUUGACAGCUCUGGCAAUAACAGAGUAUAAACAAGGAAAAAUGGACGUAGCCAAGACAUUGCUAUUUAAAUGCUCUGUCUUAAAGGAGCCAACCACAGAAAGCCUUCAAACCCUGUGUGCUCUAGGACUGGCCAUGCAGGAUGCUACACUGUCAAAGGCGGCACUUAAUGAGCUACUGAAGCACAUCAAACAGAGAGACAGUGGUUAUCAGAGGUGCCUUCUUACUUCAGCGAUUUAUGCACUGCAAGGCCGCAGUGUGGCAGUGCAGAGACAAGCAUCUAAAGCUGUUCACAGUAACCCAGGUGAUCCUGCUCUUUGGUCUCUGUUGUCCCAAGUGGUUGCUCAGUAUGCCCAACGAAAUGCAAAGGGAGGUGCUGUAGCAGGAAAUGUGGCUCAUAUUCUGGACUCAAAUCAUGGAAAGAAGGCAUUACUGUACACUGCAGUAAAUCAGUUGGCUAUGGGAAGCAGUUCAGCAGAAGAUGAAAAAAAUAUUGCACUAAAGACCAUUCAGAAGGCAGCUCUCCUUUCUCCAGGUGAUCCUGCUAUCUGGGCUGGGCUAAUGGCAGCGUGUCAUGCUGAUGAUAAACUGGCUUUAGUGAACAACACUCAGCCAAAGAGGGUGGAUUUAUACUUGGCACUGUUAUCUGCUGUUUCUGCUUCAAUUAAGGACAAAGAAUUCCUUGAAAAUUACAACCAAUCUCUUGAAAAGUGGUCUCUCUCCCAAGCUGUCACUGGUCUGGUAGACACAGGAAGGAUAUCUGAAGCUGAAGCCCUUUGCACAAAGAAUUUAAAAAGUAACCCUGAUCAGCCAGCUGUUAUCUUACUUUUGAGACAAGUUCAGUGUAAACCACUCCUGCAGUCGCGAAAGCCUCUCCCAGAUGCUGUACUUGAAGAGCUGCAAAAAACAGUCAUGUCCAACUCAACCUCUGUUCCAGCUUGGCAGUGGCUGGCACAUAUAUAUCAGUCCCAAGGAAUGAUGGGUGCUGCAGAGAUGUGUUAUAGAAAGAGUCUACAAGUAGCAUCCCAACAGGGCAGUUGGAGUGGGAAGCUCUCAAGUCUGUUGAGACUAGCACUGCUUGCAUUAGAAGUCUGCAGGGCUCAUAUUUCCAAUGAUCACUGGCCAUCCUUGGUUCAAGAAGCAACAACCGAGGCCUUGAAACUUUGCUUUUGUCCACUGGCUGUCUUUUUACAAGCUUUGUUACAAUUCAACCGCAAAAUGGGUGCAAGAGAGACACGGCGACUUUUGGAGAGAGUGGUGUAUCAGCCUGGGUAUCCCAAAUCUAUUGUAUCAACUGCACGUUGGUACCUACUGAGACACUUACAUGCCAAAAAUGACUACGAGCUCAUUGAUGUGCUGGUAAACAAUGCCAAAACUCAUGGAGACACAAGAGCAUUGGAACUGAAUCAGAAAUUGUCCUCAGAAUGACAAUGCAUUAUUUUAUAGUAACGACCGAAGAAAAAGCUGUUAGAAAGAAUGAAACAAUAAAUUAAGACUUUUCCCCAAAGCAUCAUUUAAAAACACUAUAAGUUAUAAUCAUCCAUUCUUUUUCUAAAUCUAAAGAUGUUUAAGUUCUUAAGCUAGGGAUGUAAUUUUCCAUAAACUCUUAAUGUAACUUUAAUCUGAAAAACAUCUUUGAUUUUGAGAAGAAAAACCAUGAUUCCUUUAUAUUCAAGAGUUAUUUGUAAACCAUUAUUUUCUUCAUCUUGCAUGGUGCACGAUAGGAUUUUUUUUCAAUCCCUUACAAUAAAGCCUUAAUAGCCAUUUUCUAAAUAAUAUGCAGAAGCAGAGUAGCACAAUGCAGAAUUUCACUUGUUAAAAAAUAAAUUCAAAGAUUUAAUUCCUUCCAUGAAUUUUAGAGUUCAGCAGACCAACUUAUCAUAAAAUCCAAAUGACGUUAUAACCUAUUUUAGUAGUGGUUCGUCUCAGAUUCUGCUGUAGACACAUAAUAUAAAUGUUGGUGAGUCUUAGACUGCUAAUGGAUGUGUUUAUAUAAUUCAAAACACUCAGGUGUAUGGCUGCAUUUAAAAGAUUAAUGGAAAAUAAUGCUAAUAAUAUUUAAUCAAUCAUGCGGUUCCUUCAAUUAUGAUAGAAAGACUUGAACUUUCUGAAAUAAAAAGUGUCCUGUUUU